GCGAAAGCGGAAGCAAGCGUUGAAAUAUUUGUAUUGUGAUGAGGCAUCACGAUUUCUGUGUCAUAUGUAGCAAAACUGUUGUUUUCCAAACCUUAAACUGCGGCUCGACCGGUUGAUAAAAGCGAAUGAAAAGCUUAAUUUCACCGUAUCGUGUUUCAUAACUUGGCUAACGUUACCAACGUUAGGAGCAAGCAGACAAACGAGGGAGCAAUGUCGGUCAAAACAAACGCAAGUAAAGCCAAAGACACCAGCGAAGUUAUUAAAAACCACCACAAGCAGGCGUUUGAGCAUAUAUCUAAGGCUCUGAAGAUCGAUGAAGAUGAUACAGGAGACAAGGGGGUGGCUGCGCAGUGGUACAGGAAAGGGAUUGCUGAGCUUGAAAGGGGAAUAGCAGUGGAGAUCACAGGACAAGGAGAGCAACAUGACCGGGCAAAGAGACUCCGAGAUAAAAUGGUCAACAAUCUCACCAUGGCAAGAGACAGGCUUGCUUUGUUAGAGGCAACAUUGGCAACUAAAAAGAGGAGUGAUCCCCCGAGGGCUUCAAAUCUGACCCCCCCUGAGCCAAAGCCUGCUUCCAAAACCCAGCCUGUAGUUCGAGGUGUGUCCAGUAACAUCAGGCCCUCUGCUGCCAGAAUGCCAUCAAGGUCCACUGAUCUGAAGGUGACCCCACGGGCUGGAAGAGCUCAAAAUGGAAAACCUGAAAGACAGCCCAGAAGGACAGAUAUGAGAAACUUUAAGAAUGUGGACAGCAAACUGGCCACCUUGAUCCUGAAUGAAAUAGUUGACAGUGGAGCGUCUGUGUCCUUUGAUGACGUUGCGGGACAGGAUCUGGCCAAGCAAGCACUUCAAGAGAUCGUCAUCCUUCCUACCUUAAGACCAGAGCUCUUUACUGGUCUAAGAGCUCCAGCACGUGGUUUGCUUUUAUUUGGCCCGCCUGGAAAUGGGAAAACCAUGCUGGCCAAAGCAGUCGCAGCCGAGUCAAACGCCACAUUCUUCAACAUCAGUGCUGCCAGUUUGACCUCUAAAUAUGUGGGAGAGGGUGAGAAGCUUGUCCGAGCAUUGUUUGCAGUCGCCAGAGAAUUGCAGCCCUCUAUCAUCUUCAUUGAUGAAGUUGACAGCUUGCUUUGUGAACGGAGGGAGGGAGAAAAUGAUGCUUCACGUCGAUUAAAAACCCAGUUCCUCCUUGAAUUUGAUGGGGUGCAGUCAGGAGGGGAUGACAGGGUGCUGGUAAUGGGAGCAACCAACAGGCCCCAGGAACUUGAUGAAGCAGUUCUGAGGCGAUUUCCGAAAAGGGUCUAUGUGACAUUGCCGGAUGAGGAGACAAGAUUGACGCUGCUGACAAAUCUUUUGGGAAAACACGGGAAUCCACUGACAAAAAAUGAGCUGACCUUCCUUGCAAAAGCGUCUGCAGGAUAUUCAGGGAGUGAUCUGACAGCGUUAGCCAAAGAUGCCGCACUUGGGCCAAUCAGAGAAUUGAGACCUGACCAAGUCCGAAAUAUGGCUGCUAGUGAGAUGCGAAACAUCAAGAAGAAAGACUUUGAGGAUUCCCUGAAGCGCAUUAAGCCCAGUGUUAGCCCAGCGACUCUUGACAUGUAUGUCAAAUGGAACAGAGACUUUGGUGACACAACAACUUUUUGAACCUAGUAGUUCGUUUUCACUCCUAAAAAAUCUGAAACUGAAAUAAGUAACAGUCAAUUUUUACUGGUUUACUGUACGGGUGAAAGACAUUAACAUUGUUAAUGGAGCACUUAUCUCUACCUGUGCCUAACUUCCCUAUUUUAAUAAUGCUAAGAAUAAUAUUUAAUAAUAAAAGAAAUGGUAUAAGAUUUUUAUGAGUUUCUCUACUGUAUUAUUACUCUCCACAAACAGUCUUACUCCAUUAUUUUUAAGAAUGUCUUGAAAAACGACAAGUGAUCUUUCUCUUGCCGCCAAGUUUCUGUUAAUCCUGACAAAUUGUGAAAUUGCCUGAUUAACUGGAUGAUUUUUUCACAUCCAUUAUUUGCCUGAUGCAUUGACAUGUUGAUGGUAUAGCAAGUGCUCUCUGUAUUUGUGCACAUGCAAGAAUGAUAAUAAUUGGAAAAAGUUUCCAAAAUGAGUGCUUUUGUAUAUUAAGUGUAAAUGUGUUUGCAGCUUGUAGAUACAAAUACUUGUAUUGUAUUUGAAAAUAGAAAACCUAAUGAAUUGUUGUGUUGCCCCAAAAACAUGUAUGAUAUUUAGCUGAAAAGACUCUGAACUGUAAUGGCUUUCCACUUUUUAUCAUGCAUGAAUAAAUCCAUU